GUCUUCCGGCGGAAGUUCGGGCGCGGUGGGUCGCGGUGGGUGCGAGAGCGUGGACAUGGCCUGCGCCGCCGCGCGGUCCCCGGCCGACCAGGACAGGUUCAUCUGCAUCUACCCGGCCUACCUGAACAACAAGAAGACCAUCGCCGAGGGCCGGCGCAUCCCCCUCAGUAAGGCUGUUGAGAACCCCACGGCCACCGAGAUCCAGGAUGUGUGCACAGCAGUCGGGCUGAACGUGUUUCUUGAGAAAAAUAAAAUGUAUUCUCGAGAGUGGAACCGUGACGUCCAGUACCGCGGCCGAGUGCGGGUGCAGCUCAAGCAGGAGGACGGCAGCCUCUGCCUGGGGCAGUUCCCCUCACGUAAGCUCCCUUUGGCCACUGUGCGCGCAGACCCCCUGCCAGCGUCCCGCGGUGGCUCGCUCAGGCCCCCUCGGUGCCAGCGUCCUGUGGUGGCUCGCGCAGGCCCCCUCGGUGCCAGCGUCCUGUGGUGGCUCGCGCAGGCCCCCUCGGUGCCAGCGUCCCGUGGUGGCUCGCGCAGGCCCCCUCGGUGCCAGCAUCCCGUGGUGGCUCGCUCAGGCCACCUGCAGUGCCAGCGUCCCACGGAGGAAGGCCUGAGAAGCUCCUGGCUCUAGCUUGGCCCGGCCUGGCUACGGCCGUUAAAACCAGUCAGGAGUGCAUCAGCUGAACGUCUCUCCUUACUUUGCCUUUCGAGAGUGACAGGGUUUCAGAAGUCAUUGAUUCUGUCAUUGGGGAAAAAACCACAGAUCCUGACAUGGUGAGAUUUAGGUAAAUGCCUCAGGAGAUGCCUGUUACCUACUGCAAGACCACCAGCAGGGCUGGGGUCAGAAGGUGGUGGCACCUCUGAUACGUUCUUUGUUGACGUUUAAACGAUGCUUGCCCUCUCAAGGCAGAGCUCUCCCAUCCUCUGGUUGAGCCCCUGCAUGGCCGGGGCUGCUCCAGACGGAAGCCACCCGGGUCUGGCGCGUGAGAGGCAGGGCCACGCGCUGGAGCUGUCCUCUGCCGCCUUCUGUGAUGGCAGACUACGCGAGCCCCGAGGGGAUGCUGACAUCACAGCUGGCCCCUCAAAACCAGUGCAAUGAAAUACUACCAUUUGGUUUGGGAAAUGACAAUUUUGUUUGCAUAUUAUGUUUCUGAAGUUUCUAAAUAAUUUUAAGAAAUUAAGCUAUUGUCUCUUUGGUUCCACAGAUCCAGUUUAAGCCCUUCCAUUUGAUUUGAGUAAAGUGAAAUAAAUUCUCAGACUGACAGCUUAGUUGUUCUUAGUCAACUUAAAAAGAAAUUUUUUUGAAGAUUUAUUGAUUUGAAAGGUGGUGUGAUGGAGAGACAGACAUUGGCUGGUGAUGUCCAAGGGGCCGCAGCAGCUCGGGCUGGCACUGGGCCAGCAGGUCGGAACUCCAUCGGGGUCUCCCAUGGGU